CCCCGCUGCACCUAGAGCGGCCCCGGAAGUCCUCGGGGCUGGGCCUCGGCCAACUUCCGGCCGCGGCGUGCGGGCGGCGCUGCGGGCUUUGUCGGCGGGCCGUGCUUUUACCGCUGGUCGCCGGAUUCUGACCUAGGAACUUGUGACAAAGAAGGUGACUCUGGAGCCCGAAUUUCUGAGGAUGGAAAUCUGCCUAAGACAAUGGCAGAAACACUCACAGUGAUGGAGCCCCCUGCCACUGAGUCUCAGACACUCCCCGAACCCGGAUUGGGGGAGCUGUUAGGAAACCCAGAAGGGCAGAGCCUGCGGAGCUGUCCCCCUCAGGAGGGAGGUUUCAGGCAGGUGACAGUUACCCACUGGAAGAUCCAAGCAGGAGAGACAGCUCGGGUGGGCAGUAAAUCAGGAGAAAGCCCAGUUCUGGGCUCAAACCUCCUCCUCCUCCAGAGAGAGCUUGUGGAACGGGAAGCCCACCAGUGUGAGACUUGCGGCCAGACCUUCCCAUUUAACGCAGACCUUGUAGGACAUCAGAUUGCUCAUUCUGGGGAGAAAUCUUGCAGGUGUGAGCACUGUGGGAAAAGCUUCAGCCAGAGCUCCCACCUUGCUGAGCAUCAGAGAGCUCACACUGGAGAAAGACUCUAUGUGUGCAACAUGUGUGGGAAGGACUUCAUUCACUACGCAGAACUCGCUGAGCACCAGAGGGCACAUGUGGGAGGAAAGCCGUUCCGAUGCGUGCAGUGUGGGAGAGCCUUCCAUCACAGCUCAGACCUGGUUCGGCACCAGCGAGUUCACACCCGGGAGAGGCCUUUCGAAUGUAAGGAGUGUGGGAAAGGCUUCAGUCAGAGCUCCUUGCUUAUUCGCCAUCAGAGAAUUCACACAGGAGAAAGACCCUAUGAAUGUAACGAGUGUGGAAAGUCCUUCAUUAGGAGCUCAAGCCUUAUUCGACAUUAUCAGAUCCACACAGAGGUGAAACAGUACGAAUGUAAGGAGUGUGGGAAGGCUUUCCGUCAUCGCUCAGACCUCAUUGAACAUCAGAGAAUUCACACUGGAGAGAGGCCCUUUGAAUGUAACGAGUGUGGGAAAGCCUUCAUUCGAAGCUCAAAGCUUAUUCAGCAUCAGCGAAUCCAUACUGGGGAAAGGCCUUAUGUAUGCAAUGAGUGUGGGAAGCGCUUCAGCCAGACGUCAAACUUUACUCAGCAUCAGAGAAUUCACACUGGAGAGAAACUCUAUGAAUGUAAUGAAUGUGGGAAAGCUUUCUUUCUGAGUUCGUACCUUAUUCGACACCAGAAAAUCCACACUGGAGAGAGAGUGUAUGAAUGUAAGGAAUGUGGGAAGGCCUUUCUCCAGAAAGCCCAUCUCACUGAACAUCAGAAAAUCCACACUGGGGAUAGGCCCUUUGAAUGUAAGGACUGUGGGAAGGCUUUCAUUCAGAGCUCCAAACUGCUUCUACAUCAGAUUAUUCAUACUGGAGAGAAGCCCUAUGUAUGUAGUUAUUGUGGGAAAGGCUUUAUUCAGAGGUCAAACUUCCUUCAACACCAGAAAAUUCAUACUGAAGAGAAACUCUAUGAAUGUAGUCAGUAUGGGAAAGAUUUCAGCUCGACCCCAAACUUUAAAAAUAAUCAAAGUGUUCACCAGGAGGGACUUCCCUUGAAUAAGACCACCAUACACUUGGGUGAGAAGUCUGCAGGUCACGGGGAAUGUACAGCUGACUUAUAAAAUAGCCAUUCUCCAACUCACUGGGUGAUGUUUAGAAGGGAGCGGCACAAGGUCACGUGAUUCCGUUCAUGUGACUCGGGAUGUGUCAGCAUUUUCCAAAGUCCUAGGCGGGGCUGCUUUCAGAGUGGGCUGUCCCCUGCUGGCGUGCAGCGGUGCUGGGCUGCUGUCCUCAGCUAGGAAUGUGUGACCUCAGGAGAGCCACGAGACUGCACAAGUGACUCUGGCCUGGAACGGUGCUGGGGGAGGAGCUGGGUCUCAGAGAAGGUUCUGUAUUUUAUUGCACAAUUACAGGUCACCCCCGAGUUAAAGCCUUUUUAAGGCAGAAUUCUGAAUCUAAUCUCAAUACUUAAGAGAAUAUUACAUAGUAAAUUUUGAUCUAUUAAAAAGGCAAGUUGAGAAAGAUCUUUCUUCUUUACAACCACAAACUGGCUCCCUGUCGUCCUUAGGAUACUUCCCAAGCUCCCACUCCUGCUUUCUAAGACCUUUUUGCUUCCUGAAGUUGCAUCCACUGUGUAACCACCUGCCACGUGAUUGGUGUUGUGGCGACGCUAACUGCUCGACGCUCCCACUGGGCCUAGCUGCUCCUCGUCUUUGUCCUUGUUUGAGUGCUCCCUGCCCCCCACCUGACUGACUCCUCAGGUAUCGCGUCAGGCUCAGCCAGCCACUCUCCCUCUGUGCUUGUGUUGCUGGGAGCACUUCUGUUACUGCCCUUUGUUCUGUCAAAGUUACGUUGUUUAUCUACUAUCUGUGUCAUCCUUACCCUGUUGGCUCCUUAAGGACAUGACCGUAGCUGACUGACUUAUGUGUCCCUGUAUCUGGUGCAGGACAAUAAAGAGCACACCCCACAUCUGUGUGUGAUUGGCACCCCUCUUGCUUUGUCCUUUCUGUACUGCUAUGUUUGAAAUUUUUAGUUCUUGUUUCGUAACAGCAUAGUUCGCUGGUCUACAGGAAGUAUCUUGUCUCUCAGCCCUGUUGAUACCUUCUGCUUGUCCUUAGAAGUGGUAAGCAACAGCUAGUGUAAGACUAGCACACCUCAUAUUUAUUGCCUUUAGAGCUCACCCUUGACUUGUCCACUUGGUUUUGGGGAGUGCUGUCUUCACUUGGUUGCCUGUGUAUCUUUCUGAUCCGCUCUGAUCCGCUCUGAUCCAACGCACCGCACGAGGUUUUGUCUCAGUUCCGUGAUUGACCUCAUCGCUUCUGGUCUCUCCACCUGCUUUGUGGCUCACUUUGGCAUUUAUUUGAAAAUGUAGUGAUUUAGAAGGACCAGUGCCGAACCCUAGGAAAACAGAUGAAGCUGUUCAGUCUGCUGGGGAAGACAGAUCACACACAGCGUUAAGUUUGAAGUAGAAGUCCCCGGUUGUGUAGGACGCAGGUAAGGAGGGGACUAGUUGGGCAUGGAGGGUCUGGGACAGCUUCACAGAAGAGGUGAUGCCGGGACUGAAAGAACCGUGGCAGCUCGAGAAAGAGAGUGACCUGGAGAGGACCCUGCAGGACAGGGAGGCGGUGGACUCCUCUUUUCGCAGCUUUCGUGGCACGGUAGUUAACAGCGCAGAACUUGACGGUUGUUUGCCUCUGAAUUUCUUUUCUCUGACAUGAACCAAAACGACCGGUUUUGAAAUGACCUAAACCAAUUUUGUUUUGCCUGUGAGGGCAGAUUUUGAGUUCUUAAAUUCCAGCAACCCUAGAAGCCUCCAGGGGUAAGUGAUCAAGGGGGGCAUACAGCGCUGCAUCUUCUGGAAAACUCCUCAUCACUAGAGAUGUUUCACGUGGUACAGAAGAGAGUCCCGGACCACUCGCGUAACCUUUGGUGAGGUCCAGUCUGCAGACAGUAAAACGCCUAUUUAAAGUGUACAGGGUUUUGAGAAACCGUAUACCUGUGUAACCACCGUUAGAAUAAAGAAAAAUAACAUUUUUAUCACACAGCAUUGUUCCCUCUUGCCCUUUCCCGGUUAAUCCUACCCUGGUCCCAAGUAACCGCUUUCCGUCAGUGUAGAUUAGUUUUGCUUGUUGUAGGGCUUCACGUUAAAUGGACCCGAACAGUAUAUAAUACCGCGUGUCUUCACUUCCUUUGCUUUAGCAUGUUUUAAGGACUCGACCAAGUAGUUAUGUGUUUCGGUAUCUCUCUGCCGAGUAGUGUUCCGUUGUGUGGACAAACCAUUUGUUCUCAUCCACAUGUUGAUAGAAAUUUGGGUUUCCAGAUUUCUUACGAAUAAAACUGCUAUGAGCAUUUGUGUAAAAGUA